GUGCCGCGCAUGCGCAGUGUUGCUGCAGCCUCCCUCAGCGCUGUGUCGCCGGCACCAUGGUGCUGGAUCUGGACCUGUUCCGCGCCGACAAGGGCGGGGACCCCGGCCUCGUGCGGGACACGCAGAUCAAACGCUUCAAGGACCCGGCGCUGGUGGACGCGCUGGUGGAGGCUGACGGCGCUUGGCGGCGAUGCAGAUUUCGUGCAGAUAACUUGAACAAACUGAAGAAUCUGUGCAGCAAAACGAUAGGUGAGAAAAUGAAGAAAAAAGAGCCCGUGGGUGACAAUGAAUCAGUACCAGAAUAUGCACAAAAUCUGGAUGGCCUCACUGCUGACAUCUUAGCGAGUCUUCAGGUAACCCAGAUUAAGAAAGUUCGUAUUCUCAUUGACGAAGCCAUCCUGAAGUCCGAUGCAGAGCGUGUGAAACUGGAGGCAGAACGCUUUGAAAGCCUCAGAGAAAUUGGAAACCUCCUCCACCCCUCUGUGCCCAUCAGCAAUGAUGAGGAUGCGGAUAACAGAGUGGAGAGGGUCUGGGGAGACUGCACAGUACGGAAGAAGUAUUCCCACGUGGACUUGGUGGUGAUGGUGGAUGGCUAUGAAGGAGAGAAGGGGGCCAUAGUAGCUGGAAGCAGAGGGUACUUUUUGAAGGGUGCCCUGGUUUUCCUUGAGCAGGCACUGAUCCAGUAUGCGCUGCAGACCCUGCUCAGCAAAGGAUACACUCCAGUCUACACCCCCUUCUUCAUGAGGAAAGAGGUGAUGCAAGAGGUGGCUCAGCUCAGUCAGUUUGAUGAGGAACUGUACAAGGUUAUUGGCAAGGGCAGUGAGAAAUCCGAUGACAGCUCCAUUGAUGAGAAGUACCUGAUUGCUACCUCUGAACAGCCAAUUGCAGCUUUGCACAGGGAUGAGUGGCUGAAGCCGGAGGACCUGCCCAUCAGAUAUGCUGGGCUGUCUACCUGCUUCCGACAGGAAGUUGGCUCACACGGCCGUGACACCAGAGGCAUCUUCCGAGUGCACCAGUUUGAAAAGAUUGAGCAGUUUGUCUUCGCUUCGCCUCACGAUGACAAGUCAUGGGAGAUGUUUGAUGAGAUGAUUGCAACUGCAGAGGAGUUCUAUCAGUCGCUGGGCAUUCCUUACCACAUUGUCAAUAUUGUCUCAGGCUCCCUGAACCAUGCUGCCAGUAAGAAGCUGGACCUUGAGGCUUGGUUCCCAGGCUCAGGAGCCUUCCGGGAGCUGGUCUCCUGCUCCAACUGCACAGACUACCAGGCCCGUCGCCUGCGGAUCCGCUACGGGCAGACCAAGAAAAUGAUGGACAAAGUAGAGUUUGUCCACAUGCUAAAUGCUACCAUGUGUGCCACCACUCGCACUAUUUGUGCCAUCCUGGAGAACUACCAGACGGAGAACGGCAUCGUUGUACCGGAAAAGCUGAAGGGUUUCAUGCCACCAGGGCUGAAGGAAAUGAUCCCCUUUGUGAAACCUGCUCCUAUUGACCAGGAGUCGUCCAAGAAACAGAAGAAGCAGCACGAAGGAAGUAAAAAGAAAGCAGCCGGUGGCGAUAGCGUCCUGGAAGGGCGAAUGCAGAACAUGGGCGUAAACGAUGCCUAACCCCAGCUCCUUUGUCCUCCCUGAGCCAGUGAGAUCUGAUGCCUCAGGGCUGGGGGCUGGUCUCCUGGAUCUCAGUCUCAGCUUAGUCACCAGCUGACUGCAUGUCCUGGGGAAAAUCACUCACCUCUGCUUCAUGUCCCCUGCUGGAGCAUGGCAUGGCACUAACUCCCCUGCCUUGCAGGGUGCCAAGGCUCCGGCACAGGGGAGGUGGCAAGCACUCGCAGGGCCAGCUGUUCUUCUCCCCAGAAGCCAUGUCCCUUACAUUGUGGUUGUCAGCCUGUGGAAAGGGCUUCUCCAGGCCCCCUAGCCUGAUGGGAGGGGCUGAUGUCCUGGUUGUGCUGGCAGCAGCCCCUGCUUCUGCACCUGAACCCCCAGGGUGAGGAGAUGAGAAGAAAACCCCAGUUCAGCUCCUUUACCCUGGGUGAUAUUGCUGUACCCAGUCUGUCCACGUGGGUGUGGGAUUGUCUGAGUUGAUGCAGUACAAUAAAGCAAUGUGGGGAGACUGCCAGCCUGGCCAGGUUCCUCACCCUGGGCUCUA